AUGGUGAUGCUCCGCUCCCUCCUCGUCUCUGCUCUGGCUACUCUGGGAGCAGCCAGCCCCAUUGCUGAGCCGGUGGACCAGGCACUGGAAGCCAGACAGCUUGGGUCUUCCAAUGACCUCACCAACGGAGCAUGCAAGGAUGUGACUCUUAUUUUCGCCCGAGGCUCCACGGAGAUGGGCAACAUGGGCACUGUCAUCGGACCCCCUCUCUGCUCGGCCCUGAAGAGCAAGCUCGGUGCCGAUAAGGUUGCUUGCCAAGGUGUGGGUGGCUUGUACACCGGGGGAUUGAUGCAGAAUGCUCUCCCUCAAAACACCGACCCGGGCGCCAUCUCCACUGCGAAGUCGCUCUUUGAGCAAGCCAACACCAAGUGCCCUAACACCCAGAUCGUGGCCGGUGGAUACAGUCAAGGUAGUGCAGUCAUCGACAACGCCGUCCAACAGCUCUCCACUGAAGUCAAGGACAAGGUCAAGGGUGUUGUUUUCUUCGGCUUCACCCGGAACCUCCAGGACAAAGGCCAGAUCCCCAACUACCCCAAGGACGAUGUCAAGGUCUUCUGUGCCAUGGGCGACCUUGUCUGCGAUGGCACGCUCAUUGUCACCCCCGCCCAUUUGACUUACACUAUCAAUGCGCCGGAGGCUGCCUCUUUCCUUGCGUCGAAGGUUCAGUCGGCUUAG